AUGGCUGAACCUGCCGUGGACGACAGCGUUCGUAGCGACGCGGACGGCGAGCACGACUGCCCUUUCCUCUACAGCGAGGUCGACCACCGCCGCUUCACUCCCGAGAAGCCGUACUGCUUCGCCCUCCAGGGCAGCGUCGACGAGCUGACCUGGGCUGGAGUUCUCGACGACCCACUGAGUGCUCAACAAGCCCACCUCCAGAGCGUCCGCGAGGCCGGUUCAUGGUACAAGCCGGCCGUCUUCGUAAUCGCCGAAUACAAUACCGAGUUCGUGCUGGUGGCGCAGGACUAUCUCCGACGGCUUGAGCUCCCCUCCUCCGCCAAGGUCCGUCUCUGGUGGCCUGCCGACGACGGCAAUACACUCUUCCGAGCCCACCUCCUGCGCCAGUUCAAGAGCGGCAAGACCAGGCUGGACGCCAUCAUGCAGACGGCCGGCGGCUACGACCUUGAGACGCACCUGCGGUGGCUGCCUGGCUGCGACCGUGAGACAGCCAAUCUUAUCUACCUUGCCUCGCCUCGUGCCAUUCUCGAAUGCCGCACGCUACGCGACCGGCUCAGCAAGGAAGCCAAAGCCGUGCUCGCGCAAGAGGAUGAGGACCGCGCCGCCCUCGCCCGCCUGCGCAGGCCGAAGGUCGUCGCCGACAAGCCUUCAAAAUUCUGGUGGGAGGGUCUGGAGCAUGGAUUCUGA